CCGCUGCGCCCUGCUCCGCGCGCCCGGGGACCGCCGGCGCCAUGGACCGAAGCCGGGUGCUGGAGCAGCUGCUCCCUGAGCUCACGGGGCUGCUCAGCCUCCUGGACCAUGAGUACCUCAGUGACACUGCCCUGGAGAAGAAGAUGGCUGUGGCCUCCAUCCUGCAGAGCCUGCAGCCCCUCCCAGCCAAAGAAGUCUCCUACCUGUACGUGAACACAGCAGACCUCCACUCCGGGCCCAGCUUCGUGGAGUCCCUCUUUGAAGAGUUCGACUGUGACCUGAGUGACCUCCGGGACAUGCCAGAAGAUGACGGGGAGCCCUGCAAAGGAGCCAGCCCUGAGCCAGCCAAGAGCCCGUCUCUGAGACACGCAGCCGACCUGCCUCCACCGCUUCCCCAAAGGCCCCCGCCCGAGGACUACUAUGAAGAGGCCCUUCCCCUGGGCCCGGGCAAGUCCCCUGAGUACAUCAGCUCCCACAAUGGCUGCAGCCCAGCCCACUCCAUCAUGGAUGGCUACUACGAGGAUGCAGACAGCAGCUACCCCACGACCAGGAUGAAUGGGGACCUAAAGAACUCCUACAAUGACUCCGACCCGAUGAGCAGCUCCUAUGAGUCCUAUGAUGAGGAGGAGGAGGAAGGGAAAGGGCCACAGCCCACGCACCAGUGGCCCUCGGAGGAGGCCUCCAUGCACCUGGUGAGGGACUGCAGGAUAUGUGCCUUCCUGCUACGGAAAAAGCGCUUCGGGCAGUGGGCCAAGCAGCUGACCGUCAUCAAGGAGGACCAGCUCCUGUGUUACAAAAGCUCCAAGGACCGGCAGCCGCAUCUGAGGCUGGCGCUGGAUGUCUGCAGCGUCACCUACGUGCCCAAGGACAGCCGGCACAAGAGGCACGAGCUGCGCUUCUCCCAGGGGGCUACCGAGGUCUUGGUGCUGGCACUGCAGAGCCGGGAGCAAGCCGAGGAGUGGCUGAAGGUCAUCCGAGAGGUGAGCAGGCCUGCCGGGGCGACCGAGGGCACAGACGUGCCCCGAUCCCCAGUCCUCCUGUGCAAGCUAGACCUAGACAAGAGACUGUCCCAAGAGAAGCAGACCUCAGACUCAGACAGCCUGGGCAUGGGUAACAGCUGUUCUACUCUAGGCCGCCGGGAGGCCUGCGACCACGGCAAAGGGAAGAAGAGCAGUCUGGCAGAGCUGAAGGGUUCAAUGAGCAGGGCUGCAGGCCGCAAGAUCACCCGCAUCAUCAGCUUCUCCAAGAAGAAGCCACUGGCUGAUGACCUGCAGACAUCCUGCCCCGAUGAGGAGGUUCCAUGCUGUGGCUAUCUGAACGUGCUGGUGAACCAGGGCUGGAAGGAACGCUGGUGCCGCCUGAAAUGCAACACUCUGUACUUCCACAAGGAUCACACAGACCUGCGGACCCAUGUGAAUGCCAUUGCUCUCCGCGGCUGUGAGGUGGCCCCAGGCUUUGGGCCCAGACAUCCAUUUGCCUUCAGGAUUCUGCGCAACCGGCAGGAGGUUGCCAUCUUGGAGGCAAACUGCUCAGAGGACAUGGGCCGCUGGCUUGGGCUGUUGCUGGUGGAGAUGGGCUCCAAAGUCACUCCCGAGGCACUGCACUAUGACUACGUGGACGUGGAGACCUUAACCAGCAUCGUCAGUGCAGGGCGCAACUCCUUCCUAUAUGCAAGGUCCUGCCAGGAUCAAUGGCCUGAGCCCCGUGUGUACGAUGAUGUUCCUUAUGAAAAGAUACAGGAUGAGGAGCCUGAGCGUUCCGCGGGGGCCCAGGUGAAACGCCAUGCCUCCUCCUGCAGUGAGAAGUCCCAUCGAGUGGAUCCGCAGGUCAAAGUCAAGCGCCAUGCCUCCAGUGCCAAUCAAUACAAGUACGGCAAGAACCGAGCGGAGGAAGAUGCCCGGAGGUACCUGGUAGAAAAAGAGAAGCUGGAAAAGGAGAAGGAGACAAUCCGGACGGAGCUGAUGGCACUGAGGCAGGAGAAGAGGGAGCUGAAGGAAGCCAUUCGCAACAACCCAGGAGCGAAGUUAAAGGUUCUGGAGGAGGCUGUGGCUGCCCUGGAAGCUCAGUGUCGGGCAAAGGAGGAGCGCCGGAUCGACCUGGAGCUGCGACUGGUGGCUGUGAAGGAGCGCUUGCAGCGAUCCCUGGCAGGGGGCCCAGCCCUGGGCCUCUCUGUGGGCAGCAAGAACAAGAAUGGGGAAACUGCAAAUAAACCCCAGAACAAUGCCCCAGAGCAACCUGUCCCUGUCAACUGUAUUUCUGAGCUGAGGAAGAGAAGCCCAUCCAUCGUAACCUCCAACCAAGGAAGAGUGCUACAGAAAGCCAAGGAAUGGGAAAUGAAGAAGACCUAGAAAAAGGAUGAAGAUUUCAUUCCAAAGGAAAUACAAGAUUGUAUUGGAAACACUUUUUUCACAAGGAGAUGCCAGAACACUGGAAGUAGCCCCCACUGGAAGUAGCCUCUCCAGGGCACCCAAAAGACCAGCCUUUAUUGUCUGCAUGAUUACAGGGGAUAUGGGGAGGGAAGAAGUGGAAGGGAAGACGGACAUGGAGGGUGUCCUUGUAACUUCCCAGAGGGUGGAAAACAGGGGUGGAGGGAGAUAGAAAUCUGCACGGUUGUAAAGGUUUUGUUAAAUGUCUUUGCCCUCACUUCUGAAGAAGAAAUGAAUGCACAUGUGAAUAAGCCAUUCCAUCCCAUUCUAGCAUCCCACUCCCAGGCUGUAGGGCAGAGGAAGACAGUGCUGAAGCAGCGGUAGGUAGUACUGUACAAAGAGACAAGCCUUGAUCAUCUGAUCACACUUGUGCCAAUUGGAUUCAUAUUAGGCAUCACUGACGACCUCUGGGCAACAUAAAGAGGCCAAAAAAUCAAUAGAAUUUCCCUGCCUGCGUAAAGGUGAACAAAAGCUAUAGACAACAUGCAAAUUCUGCAAUCAUUCCUUAUGUGCUUCAGAACUGGGCAGAUGCAGCUACCAGAACCCCGCAUUUGAGUUGUUUUCAUAUUAGAGAUCUGAUACGCAGCAGGCGCGGGGAGGUUCAGCAGUGGACUUAUUUUCAGGUCACAGUGAUAGUGACAGGAACGUGGAUUUCUAACAUCCACAGGAUGUUGCAGGCAUUGGAGGGUGGGGUC